UAACUGCCUGGUUGUAAAAAAUCAUGUUCAUGUAUGUGUGUGUCAAAAAAGGUUAUCUUUUGUAAGCAUAAAAUAAAAAUUGUCGUUUAACUGUUAAAAAAUUAUAUAUAUUAUGGCACAGGACUAUGACUCAAAAAUUAAUUUACACCUAGAUAUUAACCAUGGACUGGAUAGAGUGACAGAGUUAGUCCAAACCCGUUUAAUUGAAUGUGGAUGGAGAGACCAAGUUCGUUUAGCUUGCCGAAAAGCCAUAACUGAAAAUGAAAAACACAUACCGACUGUGGAUGAAUUAAUAGCCAUUGUUACCCCUAAAGCAAGAAGUAUGGUACCUGACUCUGUUAAAAGGGAGUUGCUGCAUGAACUAGAGUCAAUUUUAAUUAAUGUGGAUAAAUUUGGGUACAGUAAGAGUUUUUAGAGUUUAGGUUUAUAUAACUUUAUGGUGUUUACAUAAUUUAAUAGUACAUUUAAUUAUAGCUCAUCUUUCACUGUAGUUUCACAAUUACAGUAA